CGACAGUCAACAAAAUCGAAUUAAUAACCUCAAAGUAUUUGAUUAGCAUAUGCUUCGAAAAACUUAAUUUUCUGAAUUGAUACCAGUAUUAUCUAUAAUUUUAUAUUCUCUUGAAAAAUGAGUGAUUCUGAGUUAGCAACAUCUGUGGACAACUUGGAAAUAAGAAAGCAAGAGAAAGGCGAAAAGGCAUGAUUCUUUAUUCAUCUUUAUUUAUUAUUAAAGAAGAACUAUGAAUAAGAUUUUUAAGUCGAAUAGGUCUAUUUUAUUUACUAUUCGUCAUUCAUAUGCCACUUUGGCCAAACUCAAAAAAGAAAAGAAAUUGGGUGCUGGUGGUGACAAAAUAACUCUGAAAGAGUUGAAUCCUCUACCAGAAUAUAUUAAUGCAAGAUUAAAGUUAUGGGAUCAACUAAAAUUAAAAUAUAAUGAGGAGUUGCUCAGUAAACCACAUAACCCAAUAAAAAUUACAUUGCCUGAUGGAAAAGUAGUUGAUGGCAUAUCUUGGCAAACAACUGCUUAUGAUGUAGCUAAAGGGAUAAGCCAAGGUUUGGCAGAUAAUGCUGUAAUUUCAAAAGUCAAUGGAGUCCUUUGGGAUUUGGAUAGACCUCUAGAAGUGGAUUCAAAAUUAGAACUUCUCAAAUUUGAUAAUCCUGAAGCGCAAGCAGUGUUUUGGCAUUCCUCUGCUCAUAUUUUGGGAGAAGCUCUAGAACGUUUAUAUGGUGGUUGCCUUUGUUAUGGACCACCAAUAGAUAAUGGAUUUUACUAUGAUAUGUACUUGGAUAACAAAAGUGUAACUGCAGGAGAGUUUCCAGCAGUUGAAGGAUUAAUGAAGAAUAUUGUUAAGGACAAACAACCAUUUGAGAGAUUAGAAAUGACUAAGGAGGAUCUUCUGGAGAUGUUCAAAUACAACCAAUUCAAAGUUAGAAUUCUCAAUGAAAAAGUGGACACUCCGACUACCACUGUUUACAGAUGCGGUCCACUUAUUGAUCUUUGUAGAGGACCACAUGUCAGGCAUACUGGCAAAAUUAAGGCUUUAAAAGUUGUGAAGAAUUCAUCUACUUAUUGGGAAGGUAAAUCAGAUGCUGAAACUCUCCAAAGGGUUUAUGGAAUAAGCUUUCCAGACCCAAAACUGCUGAAAGAAUGGGAAAAACUCAUGGAAGAAGCUGCAAAACGAGACCAUAGGAAACUUGGAAGGGAACAAGAACUGUUCUUUUUCCACGAGUUGUCACCAGGCUCAUGUUUCUUUCAACCAAAAGGUGCUCAUAUUUACAACACUCUAAUAAAUUUCAUCAAGAAAGAAUAUAGAAAGAGAGGUUUUCAAGAAGUUGUAACCCCCAACAUUUUCAAUGCCAAAUUGUGGCAGACUUCAGGCCAUUGGGCUCAUUAUGCUGAAAACAUGUUUCAAUUUGAUGUUGAUAAAGAUACUUUUGCAUUGAAACCUAUGAAUUGUCCAUCUCACUGUUUGAUAUUUGACAAUCGUACUCGCUCAUGGAGAGAAUUGCCGCUUCGACUUGCGGACUUUGGUGUUCUCCAUCGUAAUGAAAUUUCUGGUGCUCUAACAGGUCUUACCAGAGUUCGAAGAUUCCAGCAAGAUGAUGCCCACAUAUUUUGCACCCCUGAGCAAAUUGAAAAUGAGAUAAAAAAUGCUCUGGACUUCUUGAAGCAUGUUUAUUCAAUAUUUGGUUUCACUUUCAAUUUGGUGCUUUCCACUAGACCAGAGAAAUAUUUGGGAGAAGUUGAGAUGUGGAAUCAGGCAGAAAAAGCAUUAGCAGAUAGUUUGGAUGGAUUCAAUGCUCCAUGGACAAUCAAUCCCGGUGAUGGAGCAUUUUAUGGUCCUAAAAUUGACAUAACUGUCACCGAUGCUCUGAAGAGACAACACCAGUGUGCAACAAUUCAAUUAGAUUUUCAGUUACCAAUUCGAUUCAAUCUUUCAUAUGUCAGUGAAUCAGGAGAAGCUAAACGACCAGUUAUAAUUCAUAGAGCCAUUCUUGGAUCUGUAGAGAGGAUGAUUGCAAUUCUUACAGAAUCUUAUGCAGGAAAAUGGCCUUUCUGGAUUUCUCCUCGACAAGUUAUGGUUAUACCAGUAGGGCAAAACUUUGAUGAUUAUGCUAGACAGGUCAAAGAUCAAUUACAUGAAGCUGGGUUCAUGGUUGAAGUUGAUACUGAUGCUGGUGAUACCCUCAAUAAAAAAAUUAGAAAUGCUCAACUUGCACAAUUCAACUAUAUUUUGGUUGUUGGGGAAAAGGAAAAAUCUAAUGGCACAGCAAAUGUUAGAACAAGAUCAAAUGCAGUACAUGGAGAAGCUUCAAUUCCUGAAAUUAUCGAAAAAUUGAAAAGAUUAGUGGAUCAUCCUGAGCUGAAUACCUCAGAUUCAGAAUUUUAAAACAUAUGAUAGACAUUAAUUAUUAUGUAUUCUUAAUACUGGAAGAUUAAUAAUCAACAUAUGGUAAUUAAAUUAUUGCUUU